UAUGGCAGUGGUGUAUUCAGUACUUUUAGCUGAACAUUUUGAAAACAUCAGCGCAGUGAUCAGAACAGUCACCAUCAGUUUACUCGUCCUGAUGUGUCUCCUCUUCAUUACACAAUUGGCUGAAGAGAAGUUGCUGUCAUGCUGUGGAGAGUUAAGGAGAAGGAUGUACAGAAAAGUUAGACUCUUUGUAGCUACUAGUAGCUUUUCAUGGCUGCCUUCAUUCCAGCUCGCCCUUCUGCUCUACACUCAUUUUGCCUCCAAUAAAGUGUUUAUUAUUACAGCUCUACCAGUACUUCAUUGGUUGUCUUAUUUAUUUUGGAAUGAAAAGAAAUGCUGUCUACGUUGUCUAUAUUAUUUAAUUUGGUUAAUGAAGAUUGUGAUGAGUGGCGUAAUGGUGUAUUUUUACAUUAUGCUCUUGAGAAAUGAAAAAGCUGAUGCAGGACCGGUCUGUUUGGCAGGAUUUGUUCAAGCCUUGUGGGUGCUUGCAUUUUCUGAAGUCCCAGUCUAUUAUGAGAAGCUCAGCAUGAGGAAAAUGAUGUUCCUGUAUGGAUCAGCUGGUCUUGUUUUAGUGAACUCUGCUGCACUGAUGACAGAACUGAUAAUGAAAGCAGUUUAUGGUGUACGCCUGGUGGGAGAUUUGAGAGCCAUUGUCUUUCUGUCUGAGUGGCUUUUCACUGUAGCAUUGCUGAUUUUAUCCCUUCUUGCAUCCUGGAAACCCGUCAACACCGAGUCUCAGGAGGCUUCUCGGAUGUCGAUAGAUUAUAAUGCGACUCCUGGUACAAAGCACACCAGUGUAGAUAUGAACCAGAUGACUGGAGAAUCCGUUGAAAUGGAAACUCUGAGAAAAGUAUCCGAGAACAGCGAGGAGCAUAAAGAAUAGGAGAUCAACUAACAGUAAAGUGAACUGCACUUUCUAGAAGAUCUGACUGAACCUUUCUCACUGGGCAGAGGUUUUCAUGGAAUUAAAAAUUUCUGAGGGUAAAACCAUCGAACAUGCCAUUUGUUAUUUAUUUAUUUAUUUUUUGUCUGCAUAACUAUUAGCAGCAGACAUUGGUGCACUGCACAUCAUCAUAUUUCAGCCUGAAUUAUUUUUAUAACUGCACUGUUGUGCCAUUGGUAUUGUGGUUGCCAAACUAUGCUGAAUUCUACUUUGAAGUGACUUAAGUGUUUGAAGUGACUCAAAAAUUGUUUAUAUACUCUCAAACUUUUAUAUUUUUAUGCAUUUAAAUAUUUUACAUGUAAUAUGUAGCCUAUGUAAAUUAUUUACUUUAUGUAAUUUGUUAAAAUAUGCACUUUCUCAUCUUUGUUCUUAUGUUAUUGCUGACUAUGCUUUAAAAGUGCUUAGAGCACUUACGACAGUAUUUACUAAAGCAAUCAGCAUUAUUUUUCUUUAGUACCAAAAUGGGUAUUGAGGAAUGUUAAAUUUUACUGUAACUUUAUUGUGACUCUCUUUCAAGAGUUAGGGGUAUGUUUCUGGCCAGAGUAAGCUGCAAAGUGGAUCCAGAGUUGAAUGUAUAACAUAAUAUGCUCUUCUGUUGCUUUUUUCACUGACAUUUUUUGUGAAACAUGUUCUACCUUUUUCUUCUCUUUGGGAUGUUUAUGCACAUUGACUUCUGAGAUGAUGUUACUGUAUAUAUGACAAGAUUCUGCCUCUGAUAAAUUUGUGUAAGGUAUCAUCUUAAAUGUAAGAAGACCUUUGUUUUACAGGAUAUUGUUAUAGGCCUACAUGUUUAUUUUAUUAUUCAGAAGUAUUUUUAAAUGUAUUAUUUAUUAUUAUAAUAUUUUUUAAUUUAUUUUUCAUAUUUUUUGUACCAAGUUCAAACACAUGAUCUCAUGUAGUAUUAAAAUAUGAUCUGCAUCGCUCUGUAUAUUAUAAUAAAUAUUUUGCAAGAAAUUACAA